AUGUUGAACCUCUUUGUGGCCGCGAUCAUGGACAAUUUUGAGUACCUUACACGGGACUCUUCCAUCGUAGGGCCUCACCAACUGGACGAGUUCAUCCGGGUCUGGGCUGAGUACGACCCGGCCGCUGGGCGCAUCAGUUACAAUGACAUGUUUGAGAUGCUGAAACACAUGUCCCCACCCCUGGGGCUGGGGAAGAAAUGCCCUGCUCGAGUUGCAUACAAGCGCCUGGUUCGCAUGAACAUGCCCAUCUCCAAUGAGGACAUGACCGUCCACUUCACGUCCACGCUGAUGGCCCUCAUUCGGACUUCACUGGAGAUCAAGCUGGCUCCAG